AAAGGGAACACAGCUCUCCACAUAGCGUCUCUGGCUGGUCAGGUAGAUGUAGUGAAGGAGCUGGUGACCAACGGAGCUAACAUCAACGCACAGUCUCAGGUGAGUCAUAUAAUGAUGGUGUUGUAGUCGUGCGCGGCCAUGCAGUCGUGGGUGAACAGGGAGUACAGGAGGGGACUAAGCACGCUCCCCUGAGGGGCCCCGUGUUGAGGAUCAGCGUGGCGGAUCUGUUAUUGCCUACCCUCAUCACCUGGCAGCGGCCCGUCAGGAAGUCCAGCAUCCAGUUGCAGAGGGAGGUGUUCAGUCCCAGGGUCCUGAGCUUAGUGAUGAGCUUGGAGGGCACUAAAGAUGUUGGAUCUUAAUUUUACCCCUUUCGUCGCAGGAGGAAAAUAAUGCUGUAGCAGGAGGAUUUGAAUAUCUGAACAAAUAUGUAGAAUGGCCACCAGGGGGCAACUAGAAGUGUUGUUUGUAUAGAAUGCACACCGUACCUACGUUGUACCUUAUCCAGGCUAGAAGUGGUGUUUGUAUAGAAUGCACACCGUACCUACGUUGUACCUUAUCCAGGCUAGAAGUGGUGUUUGUAUAGAAUGCACACCGUACCUACGUUGUACCUUAUCCAGGCUAGAAGUGGUGUUUGUAUAGAAUGCACACCGUACCUACGUUGUACCUUAUCCAGGCUAGAAGUGGUGUUUGUAUAGAAUGCACACCGUACCUACGUUGUACCUUAUCCAGGCUAGAAGUGGUGUUUGUAUAGAAUGCACACCGUACCUACGUUGUACCUUAUCCAGGCUAGAAGUGGUGUUUGUAUAGAAUGCACACCGUACCUACGUUGUACCUUAUCCAGGCUAGAAGUGGUGUUUGUAUAGAAUGCACACCGUACCUACGUUGUACCUUAUCCAGGCUAUGUGCUACAGCGGCUCUUGGCAAUUCUUAUGUGGAUUAUAAUAAAUUCACAAAUUUGUAGGGAGUAGGUUAUUUUUUUUUUAUAGGGAAAUUUGUUUUUUUAGAUCUAUUGUUUUAUUAUAUGUUGAAGGCAAACAAUAGUGCUGUAGACCACUGGGAGGCCUAUAUGGGCCCUAGACCACUGGGAGGCCUAUAUGUGCUGUAGACCACUGGGAGGCCUAUAUGUGCUGUAGACCACUGGGAGGCCUAUAUGGGCCCUAGACCACUGGGAGGCCUAUAUGGGCCCUAGACCACUGGGAGGCCUAUAUGUGCUGUAGACCACUGGGAGGCCUAUAUGUGCUGUAGACCACUGGGAGGCCUAUAUGUGCUGUAGACCACUGGGAGGCCUAUAUGUGCUGUAGACCACUGGGAGGCCUAUAUGGGCCCUAGACCACUGGGAGGCCUAUAUGUGCUGUAGACCACUGGGAGGCCUAUAUGUGCUGUAGACCACUGGGAGGCCUAUAUGUGCUGUAGACCACUGGGAGGCCUAUAUGUGCUGUAGACCACUGGGAGGCCUAUAUGUGCUGUAGACCACUGGGAGGCCUAUAUGGGCCCUAGACCACUGGGAGGCCUAUAUGUGCUGUAGACCGCUGGGAGGCCUAUAUGUGCUGUAGACCACUGGGAGGCCUAUAUGUGCUGUAGACCACUGGGAGGCCUAUAUGUGCUGUAGACCACUGGGAGGCCUAUAUGUGCUGUAGACCACUGGGAGGCCUAUAUGUGCUGUAGACCACUGGGAGGCCUAUAUGGGCCCUAGACCACUGGGAGGCCUAUAUGUGCUGUAGACCACUGGGAGGCCUAUAUGUGCUGUAGACCACUGGGAGGCCUAUAUGGGCCCUAGACCACUGGGAGGCCUAUAUGUGCUGUAGACCACUGGGAGGCCUAUAUGGGCCCUAGACCACUGGGAGGCCUAUAUGUGCUGUAGACCACUGGGAGGCCUAUAUGUGCUGUAGACCACUGGGAGGCCUAUAUGUGCUGUAGACCACUGGGAGGCCUAUAUGUGCUGUAGACCACUGGGAGGCCUAUAUGUGCUGUAGACCACUGGGAGGCCUAUAUUGGCCCUAGACCACUGGGAGGCCUAUAUGUGCUGUAGACCACUGGGAGGCCUAUAUGGGCCCUAGACCACUGGGAGGCCUAUAUGUGCUGUAGACCACUGCAGGCCGCGAGUGAACUUACAUUUGACCUUAUCACUGGACACGUGUAUGUCGUAGCCUAGUGAGACCAGUAUCUAUGUUGUUAUUAAGAUACGCCACACGACCAAAAGUAUGUGGACACCUGCUCAUCCAACAUCUCAUUCCAAAAUCAUGGGCAUUAAUAUGGAGUUGGUCCCCCCUUUGCUGCUAUAACAGCCUCCACUCUUCUGGGAAGGCUUUCCACUAGAUGUUGGAACAUUGCUGCAGGGGACUUGCUUCCAUUCAGCCACAAGAGCAUUAGUGAGGUUGGGCACUGAUGUUGGGCGAUUAGACCUGGCUCGCAGUUGACGUUCCAAUUCAUCCCAAAGGUGUUCGAUGGGAUUGAGGUCAGGGCUCUGUGCAGGCCAGUCAAGUUCUUCCAUACCGAUCUUGACAAACCAUUUCUGUAUGGACCUCGCUUGGUUGCCACCGGGAGGAUGGCGGCUACAGACUCCGUCACCGGCCCAGACCUGGCAGGCGUUCCCCGGGAGUAUUGGGACCUGGGGGAGGUGUUUAGUAAGAGGCAUGCCAAGGGCCUACCUCCUCACAGGCCAUACGACUGCGCUAUCGAUCUCCUGCCGGGCGCCAUGCCCACACGAGGGCGAUUGUUUUCCUUGUCCCGGGCGGAGACGCUGGCAAUGAGGGAGUAUAUCGACGAGACACUCGUCAAGGGUCACAUCCGUCCCUCUACUUCACCCGCGGGCGCGGGCUUCUUCUUCUUGGGGAUAAAGGACAGUGGGCAGUGGCUGUGCAUUGAUUACCGGGUGCUCAACGACAUCACGGUUAAGAACUGCUACCCACUCCCCUUGAUGAUGACGGCAUUCAAGUCAUUGCAGGGAGCCCGGGUCUUCACCAAGCUGGACUUAUGUAAUGCCUACAACCUGGUGAGGAUUCGGGAGGGGGACGAGUGGAAGACGGCUUUUAACACACCCAGUGGGCAUUACGAGUAACAAGUCAUACUGUUCAGUCUAGCCAACGCGCCUGCGGUGUACCAGGCGUUGGUCAGUGAUGUGCUCUGGGACCUCCUCGACUACAGCGUCUUCGUGUAUUUGGAUGACAUCCUUAUAUUUUCAAAGGACAUGAGUGAACACCAGCAGCACGUUCGGCAGGUCCUCCAACGCCUUCUCUGUCACCAGCUCUACGUCAAGGCGGAGAAGUGCGUGUUCCACACAGAGACAGUCUCCUUCCUGGGGUUCAUCGACCUACGGAUGGACCCAGCCAAGGUCAGCGCGGUACUGGAUUGGCCACAGCCCUCAUCCCUCAAGCAACUACAACAGUUUUUAGGGUUCACUCAUUUUUAUAGGCAAUUUAUUCGCAAUUUUAGCUCCCUAGCUGCUCCUCUGACAGCCCUCACCCAGACGAGCGUGUGCUCAUUCGCCUGGACCCCGGAAGCGGGGAACGCAUUUGAUGCGCUUAAGCGGCGCUUUACAUUGGCCCUGGUCCUAGGGCAUCCUGAUCCGUCCCUGCCCUUCAUUGUGGAGGUGGAUGCUUCAGACAUUCGCGGUGGGAGUAAUCCUGUCCCAGCGGUUCCUCACGGACGGUAAGACUCACCCCUGCGCAUUUUUCUCCCGUCGGCUGUCCCCGGCGCAGCGGAAUUACGACGUGGGGAACCGUGAGUUGCUAGCGGUCAAGCUCGCCCUGGGGGAGUGGAGGCAUUGGCUAGAGGGGUCGCCCACCCAUUUGUCGUACGGACGGACAAUAAGAACUUAGCCUACAUUCAGGGGGUCAAGAGUCUCAACUCGCGCCAGGCCAGGUGGGAGUUGUUCUUCACCAGGUUCCGGUUCACCGUCUCAUACCAUGGACCUGGUGGAGUGGGACGCCCCAUUGUCCCCAACGCCCUGAUUGCUGCCCCAGUUUCGUGGGGAAUUAAUAGGCUGGUCAGAGCAACGUUACGUCGGGAGCCCGAUCCGAUCCAAUUCAUCCCAAAGGUGUUCUCACAGGCUGGACUAAUCAGUAUCCUAUUGGUGUCACCUGUGUCUACCUGUUCACCUGUGUAUUUAUGCCCUCACUUCCCUGUGUUCCCUUGCUCAGUUUUCUCUGCUAGUUUCUCUAUGUCCAGCAGUACUACUCAGUGUCUGAUCAGAGACCUAUGUACAGGUACUUGAGAAGUGUUCUCCCUGUUUCGUUAAUUGUUUCAGUCUUAGGUAGUAUUUCGUAUUUUGGCUGUCAGACGGUUUUUGGAACUUAUUUGCUCCGCCUUAAUUUUAUCGUGAUAAAUCUGUUAUUUUGUAUCCUGGCUUCGGGGUAAAGAUCCUUGUUUCACCAUCUCUGCCUCCUGCCUACUGUCUGUCCUGCACCGCACCUGGGUCACACCUCACACCAACCCUUACAGGCUGUAUUCCCUGUAUUACUAUAGUAAUGUACUGUAGAACUAGACUGAUACUAAUGGCUGUAUUCCCUGUAUUACUAUAGUAAUGUACUGUAGAACUAGACUGAUACUAAUGGCUGUAUUGUCUGUAUUACUAUAGUAAUGUACUGUAGAACUAGACUGAUACUAAUGGCUGUAUUCCCUGUAUUACUAUAGUAAUGUACUGUAGAACUAGACUGAUACUAAUGGCUGUAUUGUCUGUAUUACUAUAGUAAUGUACUGUAGAACUAGACUGAUACUAAUGGCUGUAUUGUCUGUAUUACUAUAGUAAUGUACUGUAGAACUAGACUGAUACUAAUGGCUGUAUUCCCUGUAUUACUAUAGUAAUGUACUGUAGAACUAGACUGAUACUAAUGGCUGUAUUCCCUGUAUUACUAUAGUAAUGUACUGUAGAACUAGACUGAUACUAAUGGCUGUAUUCCCUGUAUUACUAUAGUAAUGUACUGUAGAACUAGACUGAUACUAAUGGCUGUAUUGUCUGUAUUACUAUAGUAAUGUACUGUAGAACUAGACUGAUACUAAUGGCUGUAUUCCCUGUAUUACUAUAGUAAUGUACUGUAGAACUAGACUGAUACUAAUGGCUGUAUUGUCUGUAUUACUGUAGUAAUGUACUGUAGAACUAGACUGAUACUAAUGGCUAUAUUGUCUGUAUUACUGUAGUAAUGUACUGUAGAACUAGACUGAUACUAAUGGCUGUAUUGUCUGUAUUACUAUAGUAAUGUCCUGUAGAACUAGACUGAUACUAAUGGCUGUAUUCCCUGUAUUACUAUAGUAAUGUACUGUAGAACUAGACUGAUACUAAUGGCUGUAUUGUCUGUAUUACUAUAGUAAUGUACUGUAGAACUAGACUGAUACUAAUGGCUGUAUUCCCUGUAUUACUAUAGUAAUGUACUGUAGAACUAGACUGAUACUAAUGGCUGUAUUGUCUGUAUUACUAUAGUAAUGUACUGUAGAACUAGACUGAUACUAAUGGCUGUAUUGUCUGUAUUACUAUAGUAAUGUACUGUAGAACUAGACUGAUACUAAUGGCUGUAUUCCCUGUAUUACUAUAGUAAUGUACUGUAGAACUAGACUGAUACUAAUGGCUGUAUUCCCUGUAUUACUAUAGUAAUGUACUGUAGAACUAGACUGAUACUAAUGGCUGUAUUACCUGUAUUACUAUAGUAAUGUACUGUAGAACUAGACUGAUACUAAUGGCUGUAUUACCUGUAUUACUAUAGUAAUGUACUGUAGAACUAGACUGAUACUAAUGGCUGUAUUCCCUGUAUUACUAUAGUAAUGUACUGUAGAACUAGACUGAUACUAAUGGCUGUAUUGUCUGUAUUACUAUAGUAAUGUACUGUAGAACUAGACUGAUACUAAUGGCUGUAUUCCCUGUAUUACUAUAGUAAUGUACUGUAGAACUAGACUGAUACUAAUGGCUGUAUUGUCUGUAUUACUGUAGUAAUGUACUGUAGAACUAGACUGAUACUAAUGGCUAUAUUGUCUGUAUUACUGUAGUAAUGUACUGUAGAACUAGACUGAUACUAAUGGCUGUAUUGUCUGUAUUACUAUAGUAAUGUACUGUAGAACUAGACUGAUACUAAUGGCUGUAUUCCCUGUAUUACUAUAGUAAUGUACUGUAGAACUAGACUGAUACUAAUGGCUGUAUUGUCUGUAUUACUAUAGUAAUGUACUGUAGAACUAGACUGAUACUAAUGGCUGUAUUCCCUGUAUUACUAUAGUAAUGUACUGUAGAACUAGACUGAUACUAAUGGCUGUAUUCCCUGUAUUACUAUAGUAAUGUACUGUAGAACUAGACUGAUACUAAUGGCUGUAUUCCCUGUAUUACUAUAGUAAUGUACUGUAGAACUAGACUGAUACUAAUGGCUGUAUUCCCUGUAUUACUAUAGUAAUGUACUGUAGAACUAGACUGAUACUAAUGGCUGUAUUGUCUGUAUUACUAUAGUAAUGUACUGUAGAACUAGACUGAUACUAAUGGCUGUAUUGUCUGUAUUACUAUAGUAAUGUACUGUAGAACUAGACUGAUACUAAUGGCUGUAUUGUCUGUAUUACUAUAGUAAUGUACUGUAGAACUAGACUGAUACUAAUGGCUGUAUUCCCUGUAUUACUAUAGUAAUGUACUGUAGAACUAGACUGAUACUAAUGGCUGUAUUCCCUGUAUUACUAUAGUAAUGUACUGUAGAACUAGACUGAUACUAAUGGCUGUAUUCCCUGUAUUACUAUAGUAAUGGACUGUAGAACUAGACUGAUACUAAUGGCUGUAUUCCCUGUAUUACUAUAGUAAUGUACUGUAGAACUAGACUGAUACUAAUGGCUGUAUUCCCUGUAUUACUAUAGUAAUGUACUGUAGAACUAGACUGAUACUAAUGGCUGUAUUGUCUGUAUUACUAUAGUAAUGGACUGUAGAACUAGACUGAUACUAAUGGCUGUAUUCCCUGUAUUACUAUAGUAAUGGACUGUAGAACUAGACUGAUACUAAUGGCUGUAUUCCCUGUAUUACUAUAGUAAUGUACUGUAGAACUAGACUGAUACUAAUGGCUGUAUUCCCUGUAUUACUAUAGUAAUGUACUGUAGAACUAGACUGAUACUAAUGGCUGUAUUGUCUGUAUUACUAUAGUAAUGUACUGUAGAACUAGACUGAUACUAAUGGCUGUAUUGUCUGUAUUACUAUAGUAAUGUACUGUAGAACUAGACUGAUACUAAUGGCUGUAUUCCCUGUAUUACUAUAGUAAUGUACUGUAGAACUAGACUGAUACUAAUGGCUGUAUUCCCUGUAUUACUAUAGUAAUGUACUGUAGAACUAGACUGAUACUAAUGGCUGUAUUGUCUGUAUUACUAUAGUAAUGUACUGUAGAACUAGACUGAUACUAAUGGCUGUAUUCCCUGUAUUGCUAUAGUAAUGUACUGUAGAACUAGACUGAUACUAAUGGCUGUAUUCCCUGUAUUACUAUAGUAAUGUACUGUAGAACUAGACUGAUACUAAUGGCUGUAUUCCCUGUAUUACUAUAGUAAUGUACUGUAGAACUAGACUGAUACUAAUGGCUGUAUUGUCUGUAUUACUAUAGUAAUGUACUGUAGAACUAGACUGAUACUAAUGGCUGUAUUGUCUGUAUUACUAUAGUAAUGUACUGUAGAACUAGACUGAUACUAAUGGCUGUAUUGUCUGUAUUACUAUAGUAAUGUACUGUAGAACUAGACUGAUACUAAUGGCUGUAUUCCCUGUAUUACUAUAGUAAUGUACUGUAGAACUAGACUGAUACUAAUGGCUGUAUUCCCUGUAUUACUAUAGUAAUGUACUGUAGAACUAGACUGAUACUAAUGGCUGUAUUCCCUGUAUUACUAUAGUAAUGUACUGUAGAACUAGACUGAUACUAAUGGCUGUAUUCCCUGUAUUACUAUAGUAAUGUACUGUAGAACUAGACUGAUACUAAUGGCUGUAUUGUCUGUAUUACUAUAGUAAUGUACUGUAGAACUAGACUGAUACUAAUGGCUGUAUUGUCUGUAUUACUGUAGUAAUGUACUGUAGAACUAGACUGAUACUAAUGGCUAUAUUGUCUGUAUUACUGUAGUAAUGUACUGUAGAACUAGACUGAUACUAAUGGCUGUAUUGUCUGUAUUACUAUAGUAAUGUACUGUAGAACUAGACUGAUACUAAUGGCUGUAUUCCCUGUAUUACUAUAGUAAUGUACUGUAGAACUAGACUGAUACUAAUGGCUGUAUUCCCUGUAUUACUAUAGUAAUGUACUGUAGAACUAGACUGAUACUAAUGGCUGUAUUGUCUGUAUUACUAUAGUAAUGUACUGUAGAACUAGACUGAUACUAAUGGCUGUAUUCCCUGUAUUACUAUAGUAAUGUACUGUAGAACUAGACUGAUACUAAUGGCUGUAUUGUCUGUAUUACUAUAGUAAUGUACUGUAGAACUAGACUGAUACUAAUGGCUGUAUUCCCUGUAUUACUAUAGUAAUGUACUGUAGAACUAGACUGAUACUAAUGGCUGUAUUGUCUGUAUUACUAUAGUAAUGUACUGUAGAACUAGACUGAUACUAAUGGCUGUAUUCCCUGUAUUACUAUAGUAAUGUACUGUAGAACUAGACUGAUACUAAUGGCUGUAUUCCCUGUAUUACUAUAGUAAUGUACUGUAGAACUAGACUGAUACUAAUGGCUGUAUUGUCUGUAUUACUAUAGUAAUGUACUGUAGAACUAGACUGAUACUAAUGGCUGUAUUGUCUGUAUUACUGUAGUAAUGUACUGUAGAACUAGACUGAUACUAAUGGCUGUAUUGUCUGUAUUACUAUAGUAAUGUACUGUAGAACUAGACUGAUACUAAUGGCUGUAUUCCCUGUAUGACUGAUGUGUUUCCUAUAGAAUGGCUUCACUCCUCUGUACAUGGCUGCUCAGGAGAAUCAUCAGAAGGUGGUCAGAUACCUGCUGGACCACGGCUCCACACAGGGCAUCGCUACAGAGGUCAGUAUUCAUCAGAAGGUGGUCAGAUACCUGCUGGACCACGGCUCCACACAGGGCAUCGCUACAGAGGUCAGUAUUCAUCAGAAGGUGGUCAGAUACCUGCUGGACCACGGCUCCACACAGGGCAUCGCUACAGAGGUCAGUAUUCAUCAGAAGGUGGUCAGAUACCUGCUGGACCACGGCUCCACACAGGGCAUCGCUACAGAGGUCAGUAUUCAUCAGAAGGUGGUCAGAUACCUGCUGGACCACGGCUCUACACAGGGCAUCGCUACAGAGGUCAGUAUUCAUCAGAAGGUGGUCAGAUACCUGCUGGACCAUGGCUCUACACAGGGCAUCGCUACAGAGGUCAGUAUUCAUCAGAAGGUGGUCAGAUACCUGCUGGACCACGGCUCCACACAGGGCAUCGCUACAGAGGUCAGUAUUCAUCAGAAGGUGGUCAGAUACCUGCUGGACCACGGCUCCACACAGGGCAUCGCUACAGAGGUCAGUAUUCAUCAGAAGGUGGUCAGAUACCUGCUGGACCACGGCUCCACACAGGGUAUCGCUACAGAGGUCAGUAUUCAUCAGAAGGUGGUCAGAUACCUGCUGGACCACGGCUCCACACAGGGCAUCGCUACAGAGGUCAGUAUUCAUCAGAAGGUGGUCAGAUACCUGCUGGACCACGGCUCCACACAGGGCAUCGCUACAGAGGUCAGUAUUCAUCAGAAGGUGGUCAGAUACCUGCUGGACCACGGCUCCACACAGGGCAUCGCUACAGAGGUCAGUAUUCAUCAGAAGGUGGUCAGAUACCUGCUGGACCACGGCUCCACACAGGGCAUCGCUACAGAGGUCAGUAUUCAUCAGAAGGUGGUCAGAUACCUGCUGGACCACGGCUCCACACAGGGCAUCGCUACAGAGGUCAGUAUUCAUCAGAAGGUGGUCAGAUACCUGCUGGACCACGGCUCCACACAGAGCAUCACUACAGAGGUCAGUAUUCCAGGCAGGGCUACCCUAUAGCUCAUAACCGUUCCCCUCUUCUUCAUACUAACUCAUAUCUCUACAUCAGAGCAUCACUACA